GUCCCCCUGGCCUUCGGGUGAGGCCGAAGACCAACGAAACACCCCUUCAUAAAUCUGUUGGUCGGCAGAUUUAGUUGUUUCCGACCCAUCUUGCCACCGUAGCCAGUCUGGCUCACGUUGCACAUCAUGGUAGAACAGACCGAUCGGGGUGUUCAAUUUGGGGGUUCUGUACGCUACGACGUCAUGACGGUCAUGGACCAGAUGGAAACCGCAAUGGGAGAGAAAAAAAGUACGUAUGGCUUAGAUCCUGAUCAGAGAUCGCCCGACUGCUUCCCGGACUGCUUCAGUAGGGCCGCGUGUUUUUUGGCAAAGUUGCCACCUCAAGUACUGGGCGUUUCCUUGGGCGUUGGGGGGCUCGGCAUUCUCUGGCGAGACAUCACUACAAUUUACGAGUAUGAUGACACAUGGAAUUCUCCGACGAACUGGUUUGGAUUCGCUUCUCAUGCUUUUGCGUAUCUCUGCCACUCAAUCGUUGCAAUUUCUCUCGUCGCAUAUGCAACCAAGGCUGCCGUUCACUGGAAUAUAUUUCUUGCAGAGUUGUGGUCAUCUCCAAAAUGUGCUACUUUGGCUACGGGCCCCAUGGCUUUAGCCACCGUGUGUACGAGCACUAUGCGCGUGUUUCCACUUAUCGCUUGCAUAUUGUGGUUUGUUGCCCUUACCUUGCAUUUGGUGUGCGGUGUGUUCUACAUCCGGAGUGUCUUGGAGAAGUGUCGUGGGGAAGCACAGCUGGAGCCAAAGGAGUCAGGUCAAGUUAUGCGCACUAUUAGCGAUUGGACAAGCUCCCGGCAGUCCAAUGGGAGUCGUCCAGAGGAAGCAAUGCCAGAGUCACAGAAUUCAGGACAAAUUAUACGCACUACUAGCGACUGGACAAGUUCCCGCCAGUCGAAUACUAGUCUUCCAGGAAAACUGCCAACUACCCAAGACGGGUCUGCGUGGACCCCCGCAGCUUUCCCACCCACAGUCGGCAUAGCUGCCCUAGCAUCCUGCUCGACAGGGAUCGAGACUCGAGAGAUUGCGGCGUUUUCAUUUGUAGUGGGAGUAUGUUGGGCAAUGCCUGUGUUGGUUAUGGUGCUGGUUCAUGCUGUGGGAGCGAAGGGCCUGGAGGUUAGCCAGGCUCGGACCGCCAUCAUCUGCGCGCCGUUCGCGCUGUGCACAGCGGCCCUCUGGUGCGUCCGCAAUGCCUACGCAAAGGAGGAGGCGGAGAGCGAAGUUGUCUCUGCAUUUGUCCACUCGCUGUUCCAGUUCCUGUACGUCAUGUCGAUCGUCCUGUACCUCGUCUUCCUGGCCUACGCGCCCCUCCUGUGGAGCCACCGUGCCGUGCGCGCGCCAGGCUCCGCCGCAUUUACGUUCCCGACGGUGAUUUUUGCCACGGCCAUGGUGCGGUCCCACGAGUUUGACCCGCUGCUGGGGAAGGCAGGCACGCAGAUCUUGGCAUACGCUGCCAGUGCCAUUGCAACGGUUGUGGUCCUCUGCGUGGUCUUCCAGUUUGCCGUCCUGCUUCGAGGCCUGUGGAGGGAUGCGGCGUCCGGCGGUGGCAUUGCAGGGCCCCCGGGUUCAAACGACACCAGCACUCCAACGGAGCAGGCGGCAGUCAUUGGCACUACUAUCAUCGUGGCAGAAGUAAGGCAGGAAGUCGUUGGCAAUGCGGCGUAAGGCGCGACUAGCUACUUCGAACGUUUUCGACGCAAGGUGAACCACCAAAUCCGUGAGUCAGGCUAGCACUGACGCCUCCAACACGGCUGGGACGGAGUCACUUUUUGAGGCAUCCUCAUUUGCUGCAUGCUAGUGCACGUCACAAGUCGACGUUUUUUUAGCUUCAGUGAAUGAUGCCGUUUCUGCCUGGUUAGCAUGUUGCCCCCCAUGGUGCAACAACCGGCAUUGCACACCGAUACACAUGAGUCAGGCCAUGCUCCUCCGUCGCUGCUUUGACGGAUGUUCCAGCAUAGGCGUUGUUAUCCAGAACCGGGUGGUUGUGCGCUCGUCUUGUAGCGGUAGACGGUGCAAUUGUUCCUCGUGUUGACCCAGCGAGCCGCGAUGCAAUCUUGAACUGUUCAGUUCCCCGAGUAGGGUUGCAGAGGGCGUUUUUGUGUGGUUGCUUGCCCGUGCAUGAUGGCUGUGUCUUCGUAUGCCUCGCCAUACUUGCAAUCGCGCUCGCAAAACUCAAGCGAACAACACACAUCACAUGUUGCCAUAUCCAGA